AGCUACUUUCAAUCUGCCGAAACGAACGCUUACAGGCUCUUGAAGCUGAAGUUUCUUUACCCCUUUUCACCAUAUUGGCUACCCGAGUUCAACUACGGAUAGUCAAAUGAGACCGACACCGAGGUCCCCGAAAGCAGCGCAUCCACCAAUCGGUUCCUUUUUGUAGCCAUUCGACCAUGCCCUCAUCCAGCAAUGCAGUCUCCGGUGUCCCCGACAUGAAUCUCUACAAGCUGAACCGAGUUCACCGGAUCCUGGAAAGCUUAAGGAACAAGCCGGAUUGGACAGCGGAGGAUACCAUGUCGUUCGACUGCAUGCAUUACCUGGGCGACGCGGCAGUUGAGAACGCCGCCAAAGAACUGGGGCUCAAGGCCGGCGAGAGGGUGCUCGAUCUCGGGUCCGGCUUCGGCGGCACGGGCAGAUAUCUGCACCGACAUUUCGGGGUUACAAUUACCGGAAUUGAACUACAGCGGGACAUUCAUGAGAUUGCGCAAACCAUCAACGAGAGAUCCGGCGCUGGCGGCGGGGCGACGUCCAUCAACGGCAAUUUUCUCGACCUUGAUCCUGGCCUGAUGGGCGCGCCACUGAACCAUAUCGUCUCGUUCCUCUGCAUCCUGCACAUACCAGAGCGCGAAAACCUUUUUAAAAAGGCGUACGAUACCCUGGAGGCCGGUGGGAAGCUUUACAUUGAAGACUUUUUCGCGCUCAAACCCCUGGACGCCAAGACCGUCGAGGUACUGAGAGCUUCGGUUUCGUGCCCUCGCUUGCCGGACAAGUGCCAGUACAUGGAAGAGCUUGAGAAAGCUGGUUUUCAAGUCCUCAACUGGGUGGACAUGUCAAACACAUGGGCGGAGUUUGUGCAUCGCCGUGCGGAAGAGUUCAAAAAGGAUCCCGAAGUGGAUGCUGACCUGACGACUUUCUACGAUGCCGUGGACGAGGUGUUUACCGGGGGACAGGUCGGGGGAGCAAGGAUUACCUGUCAAAAGAAAUGAUCGUCUGUACUACGCCCCGUCUUUCACUCUUUCAAGAGGCCUGGGUGGCGGACUAUAAUCCCGUCAGCAAAAAGUUCAUU